AUGCGAUGCGCGAGCAAGGCCGCCGAAGCAGAAACUGCAGCAACUGAUGUCUCAUCGGUUGCUGAAGCGAAUCAGCCUGUGUCACCUGGUUAUGCAGGCGCUGGUCAUGAAGACACUCAUGUCUUCACAGAGUAUGAGCUCGGAGUCUCAUGCUCUCCUGAUACGGAAGACGGAUCCGUAUCGACGGCGAUCGAAUCUAAGCCGCCUGUCAAGCGUGGCAUGGAUGAUUCUAUGCGUCGUAGUAUCUUUGGUUCGUCUGACGAAUCAGACGAACCAUCGCCGAAGCGAAGGCGCUCGAGGUCGCGAGACUCGGGCGCUAACAGUGGUGUCGGUUCUUCUAUGGACACCACUUCACAGCGAGGUGCCAGUACUUCUGUCGGCACGUCGCAGGAAGAGCGGGACCGCAGCGUGUUGCGUCUCGCUCCUGAGAAGAAGGCAUGGAUGCCUCCUAAAUCUGUCAUGGAUCACUUGUCGGCGACGACGAGUGAUCGUUAUCGAACACGGUUGUUCGAUUCGUCAAGGAUCCAUCACCUUGAACCCAGCGCGGAAAACUAUCGCGCUGAGAAUGAAUUCUUCAUCGAUGCUUUCUUUAGACAUCGAUGGUACAGGGGAAAUCACAAACGUGAUGGUCCCUCACUACUUCAGGCGUGGAACGCCUACAUCCAUAACCUCGAGGAUGUAGGUCGUGACGCUUGGAACGACAAACUUAUCAAAGCUCGUGAUAAGUUUGAAAAGCGAACCCCGACAGGUGCACGCUACAAGCUGCAUCGUCUAUCAAGGGAGAAAGGAUUACCCUGCCUCUCUUGGGGAGACCCGUGCCCAUGUUGUGUGAACAACUCUGCACGAGCACCUAAGGAGGCUUACCUCCUUACCAGCCCGUGGUGGCGCGUACGCAUCUCGUAUCCACAGGAUGUGCCGCGUCGUACUGCUCAACCAGACCCAGUACGUCAACCAUCAGUUGGGAGCGGGGCUCCCAAGAAUCCCAGGACGGGGGAUAGCCGCGCCACCGGACGAGAUAACUCGUCCGACGUCCGUUCACAUCGCGGUGGUUCAACAGCUGCUCAACUAGAUAGCGCUGGCCACCGCGAGAGUCCUCUAAUGGAGGUGGAGGAGGAGGAAAGACGCUCUCCACACGAUAUCGUGGGGAUCCGUGUGUUCCCGAGAGCUUCUUUGAUCGCGUAA